AUGCACUCCCAGAGUGCAGUGGCCGGGAGCCAGACAGCCAACAGUCAACAAACGAGCGGAUCGAGGCUGCAGGACUUUUUCACUGCCGCGCGGCGCGCUGUGCUGCACGGCACCGUGAACGAGUCCAAUCCGGAUACCGUGGCACAGCUGGCAAACAUGAUGGGCGCCAUCCGCUUGGAGGAGCUGGGGCUGGACUCCGACAUGGUUGCGGACCCCUUCCUGGGGGCGCUCAAACUGCACCUGCGGGACAGCCGCAUCAAGUACAUGCGAAUCUACGAGGACCCCAGCCUCACGUUCGGGCUCUUUUGUUUCCCUGCCGGGACCGUCAUCCCCCUCCACAACCACCCCGACGGGCACAGCGCGAACCCAAGCCGCAGCGCAACCCGGCUGUUGUUUGGGCAGUUGCGGGUGAGCGCAUACGACUGGGUGGUGCAGCCGGCGGCGCCCAUCACGUCCGGCUCGGCGCGCGCCCGGCUCGUAUGCGACGCGGUCAUAGGGCCCGCGACCCCGCCGCUGGUGCUGUUCCCGUCGUCAGGCGGCAACCUACACGAAUUCACGGCUGAGACGCCAUGUGCCGUACUAGACCUGCUCACUCCACCUUACGAGCCGCCCGAGCGCAACUGUACCUACUACCGGGUUCAGCGCCAGGCGGCAUCGUGGCCCGUGGGUCUACCCGGGUCGCGGCGUGCAGUGGUGGCGCAGAAGAUGCGUGUGGGGGACGAAGUGGAGCUUGAGGUCUUCGAUCCGCCGGGCAGUUUCGAGGUGGUGUCUGGCUGCUACCCGGGGGAUCCCGUCGUGUAG